UCGUCUGCUCUAAGACCCUCGCUGAGCUGGUCGUGACUGCCGUAUGAUGUGUAGUCACGCCGUUGCAGUUCUUGGCGCAACGCUUCGAUUGAACACUGGUAGUAGUCCAUGCAAUGUCUGGCCAAACUUGCGCUGGAUCUUCGUUUAUAAAUCGGCAAGGCUGACAACGGCUGUGUAGAGAUUGGAGAUGUGCGUGGCGUGGAGCAGAUGCAGCUUAUCGGCAGUGGUGUGUAGAGGAAAUGUUUGUAGAGUCGUGAGCGCCAUUUUUCAUAUUGUGUCGGUGUGUGGUGCAGGACGCGUGUUUAUUCACUUGCUUUGCAGCUGCCGCAUACAUGCGCUUGUUCGUGUGCGUUCGCGACUUCCCAACUUUCUCUUGAGUUUUUCCCGUUACGUCAGUGCUGGUUCCAGCGUUUUGCGUUCACCAUGGACGCCAAUAGCGACCUCGGGAGUACUCUUAACAUCUAGGUCGCACCUGCUGCCUGCUGUUGCUCGGUUUACGUGUUUGCUUCACCGCCCGCACCCGACUUGCGGAACGCUGAAGCCCUUCAAGGUCUGCUUCACUUACUGCCGGCCAUGGUUCCUACUAAUCGCGAUGGUGCCGAGCGCCCUCGCGGGGCAGGCAUUCAUCAGGCGAAGGUGUUGCACACUACGGGCAACAUCCAGGCAUCAAGCCGCAAGCCAACGUUAAGAUGCUUUCUCCUUGAGCUACCGCCAGGUAUAUCUUUUAGCCUUGGCACUUCCAGGUAGAUCCUCACUACUCCCUCCAGAGCUACGCGAUCGCAUCUACCAUUUCACUAAAGAACACAUGGAUGAAGAUCCACUGGAGUACUCUAAGAGGCCAGACCCAGAUUUCGAUCUAGGAAGUUGGGGACCAGACUCAGCAUACAAGCCCUAUCUUCCGCGGUUCUGUCACAAGACAUGGUUUGGUCCG